AUGGGGGAUAGCCAAUCUUUGGAAUUAAGAGAAAUGGAUGCAAUUAAUCUAAGUAUCUGGAGUGAAAAAGAUUUUUUGGCUUUAAAAGAUACCUUGAAUCAAUUUAUUGAUUCUACGAAAUUUUCACAAAAGAAUUUCAUAGUUAUAUUUGGCCUUUUAGGAAAGUAUUGCCUGAAUCGAGUUCGAGAUAGUAAUUAUGCAAUGUAUGAAUCGCAUUAUGUUAAUAUGACAUUAAAUUUUGGCAAUAGUGAUUUGGUUAUCGAUGGGAAUACUG